AUAAGGUAGCAGAUGCUUGAGCACGGACUGCUGCCCACCGCCAACCAUCAGGCGGCGCCACCAGCUGGUCCUGAUCCGAUCCCGGAGCGGCAGCAGCAGCAGCAACAGGAGCGGCGUCGAAGCAGGCAGCAGCAGCAUCAGUUGCUGCGCAACUUGCCCAAGAUCAAGAUCGAGAUCGGUGCCCAGCGCGAUCCGGAGGAAGGGGAGUCGGAGCAGGAGCAAGAGCAGGAGCAGGAGCAGGAGCACGAGCAGGAGCAGGAGCAGGAGCAGGAUGAGCAGUCCCGACCCUCAGCCGCAUCCACGUCCAUUUUGAAGACUUCACUGCUGAGCGGAGCGGCGGCCACGUUGGCCACCCUGACGGCGGCAGCCGAGCAGAUAGCCCGCUCCUCGGCCGGCUGCGAAACUGCCAGGGAUUAUUCCCACAGCAGCAACAGCAGCAGCAGCAGCAACACUGCCGCAGCAGCAACAGGAUCCUUGGCCGGCGGCAGGACAGGCAGCAGCAACAGUUUAGAAGAGAGCAAAAGACUUGAGCAUCAACAACAACAACAAGAACAGCAACAGCAACAGCAACAGCAACCACAACAGCAUCAGCAGCAGCAACAAUAUACAUCAAUUCUACACACGGCCCUAAUGUCACAGCGUUCCAUGCCACCAGCGACAUCAGCGGCGGCCACAGCGACGCCGACGACGUCGGCAACCACAUCGCCCACGCCUGCGCAUGUGCUGAAGACAGCGGUGACCUUAGCCAGUCUAAGUGAGAUAGCCACUGCACGUCAGCAGCAGCAGGAGCAGCAGCAGCAGCAGCAGCAGCAGCAACUGCUGGCGUUGCAGCAGCAACAGCUAACGAAACUGCCCAGAAGGAUCAUCAACUUUGGCAGCAACUACUCUGCCCACACCGCCACCAAAGGAUUGGGCGCGGUAGCAGAGGUGGGCAUGGCCACAGCACCAGUUGGACGCACUCGCCAACUGGGCCCGAGUCCGGGCCAAGUGGUGAAUGCGAGGACAGCACGCCUGCUCAACGGCAACUGUUGCGGCCGAUUGCAGGCGACAGCGGCAACAGGGGCCAGCAGGGGCACCAACACUGCCGGCAGCAACACGGUCAACACACAGACCCAGACCGACGAUGAGUUGCUGCCGCUGCUGGCCAUGCUGCCACAGGACGCUCCCACAGCAGCAGCAGCAGCAGCAGUUUCAUUAUCAUUAUCAGCCACAGCCACAUCAUCAUCAUCGACGAUUUCAUUAGCAACACGAGCAGCAGCAGCAGCAGCAAUGCAGCAGCAGCAGCAACAAUGGACUGCCGUGUCGACGACGCCAGCAACAGGAGUGAUGAUGACGACGACGACGACACAACCACAAUCACAAUCACAAUCACGAGCAACAUUAGCACCACAACAACAACAGCAACAACAGCAACUAUUACUGCCACAACAAAAGCAACCAUUUAAUACGAGAAUCAGCAGAAAAACAACAUCAAUUACAACAAUUACAACAGCCACCACAACAGCACCAACAACAACAAUAACAACACGAAAC